AACUGGGGAGCAUAGCGCCACCCCGGCCACCGUGGGGCUCCGGGGUGCGGCACCCGAGCCCUGGCGGGGGAUGUCGGGCGCGCGGGAGCACUCUGGCGUCCCGGGCCGCCGCUGCGGGCGGGAGGCCGGCGGCCGCACGCCCCUCCCUGUCCCUCCUCCCGCCGCGCUGGGGGAGGAGAGGGUCGGGGCGAUCAGGCGGCGCGGGGCGGGCCGAGUGCACUGCCCCCGCUGCCCACCCCGGAGCUGGCCGGUCCCCCCGAAGCCGCGGUGCCCGCACCAGGCCAGAGGCCCCGCAGAGCUGGCGGCUAGAAGCAGUGGUGUUUUGCGCACUCGGGUCGUGUUGCGUGGCUGCCACAGCGGCUUGCACUUGGCCACUGGGCGGUGCUUUUGCUGUCCCAAACAUUUGUGCAGGAGGAGCUGCGGCUAGCCACGUGGCCAUGCUCUGUAUUGCAGUGAGUCCCUCAAGCUGCCUCACACUGGUUCAUCCUCUUGACUGGCAAGACGUAAAUCCUGUUGCCCAUAUUAAAUCAUCAGCAUGGAUCAAUAAAAUACAAACAUUUAUGGCUGCUGCAAACAUUGGCCAAACUAAAAUCCCCAGAGGAAAUGGAUCUUACUCUGUUGGUUGUACAGACUUGAUGUUUGAUUACUCUGAUGAGGGCACCUUCUUGCGUUUGUAUUACCCGUCCCAAGAUGACGACCAACUUGACACCCUUUGGAUCCCAAACAAGGAGUAUUUUUUGGGUCUUAGUAAAUUUCUUGGAACACACAGCCUCAUGGGCAAAAUCUUGGGCUUAUUAUUUGGUUCAAUGACAACUCCUGCAAAUUGGAAUUCCCCUCUAAGGACUGGCGAAAAAUAUCCACUCAUUGUUUUUUCUCAUGGUCUUGGAGCAUUCAGGACAAUUUACUCUGCUAUUGGCAUUGACCUGGCAUCUCAUGGGUUUAUAGUUGCUGCUGUAGAACACAGAGAUGGAUCUGCAUCUGCAACUUACUAUUUUAAGGACCAGUCUGCUGCAGAAAUAGGGAACAGGUCUUGGCUCUACUAUAAAACUCUAAAACAAGAUGAGGAGGAGAUACCUAUACGAAAUGAGCAGGUACGGCAAAGAGCAAAGGAAUGUUCCCAAGCUCUCACUUGGAUCCUUGACGUUGAUCAUGGAAAGCCAGUGACGAAUGUAUUAGACUUAGGAUUUGAUGUGGAGCAACUAAAGGACUCUAUCGAUAGGAAUAAGAUAGCAGUAAUUGGACAUUCUUUUGGUGGAGCAACAGUGAUUCAGACUCUUAGUGAAGAUCAGAGAUUCAGAUGUGGGAUUGCCCUGGAUGCAUGGAUGCUUCCACUGGACGAUGAAGUAUAUUCCAGAAUUCCUCAGCCGCUCUUUUUUAUCAACUCUGAACGGUUCCAGUAUCCUGCUAAUAUCAUAAAAAUAAAAAAAUGCUUCUUACCUGAUAAGGAAAGAAAAAUGAUUACAAUCAGGGGAUCAGUCCAUCAGAAUUUUGCUGACUUUACCUUUGCAACUGGAAAAAUACUUGGACACCUGUUAACAUUAAAAGGAGAUAUAGAUUCAAAUGUAGCAAUUUAUCUCAGCAACAAAGCUUCAUUAGCAUUCUUACAAAAGCAUUUAGAACUUAACAAAGAUUUUGAUCAGUGGAACUGUCUGAUUGAAGGAGAUGAUGAGAAUCUUAUUCCAGAGACCAACAUUUGACAAACCAAGCACAUGUCACUCCGCAGAAUGCUACAGGGAUAGACAAAUGGAAUUUAGGUUACCAGGGCUUUUUAGAAAGUCUUGGUUAAAAACUAUCUAAAACAGGGUGUGCGGUUUUAGUGAGUUUUCCAAAUAACUUGAAUUUUUAAAUGGAGCCUAUAAUAGUAAUUGAGGCUUAUACUAACAUUUUUUUCUCUUUAAAUGUAAAGGAUGCCAUUUAUAAAAAUCGUACAAGCUUGUAUUUUAAUUUUACUAAAAUGAUUUUGAAUGUCAAAAUUGAAAACUGCUCUGAUUUUUUUAUAUUACUUUAAUGGACAAAUAUAUUAAAAUGGGUGUAACAUCACUGAAAA